CAAUCCGCGCGAAACGAGGAAACACAAAAAGUCAAAAUAACUUUUCGAUUCUUUUCUUUUUCUCCUCUCUUGCUUGCUUUUUUCGGGGCCACGGCACAAAGUCGAUACCGUGAACCCAAAAGGAAGAACCGUACGGCUUUUGUUUGGACUAGGUUUGAAAAGUGCCGAUUCAGCAGCGCCCGACCAGAGCCGUUCCGCAAAAUUGCGUCGUGGAAUCAGCAGCAGUAGGAACACUGACAGGAUUCGCCCCAGCGGGAACCGACUGCAGUUUGGCUUGAUAGUUUCGCUUGCAAAAGACACAACAGGGAGAGUCUGAGGUAAAAUGGCGAACAUGGCAGUGUCCCGCAUCAAACGAGAAUUCAAGGAGGUUCUGAAAAGUGAAGAAAUUGUUCAGUGUUCUAUCAAAUUAGACAUCGUAAAUGACAACUUUACAGAGCUACGCGGGGAAAUUGCCGGCCCUCCGGACACACCGUACGAGGGUGGAAAAUUCCUGCUUGAAAUUAAGGUUCCAGAAACGUAUCCGUUCAACCCACCGAAGGUCAAAUUCAUCACCAAGAUCUGGCACCCGAACAUUUCCUCCGUGACCGGUGCCAUCUGUCUGGACAUCCUGAAGGACAACUGGGCCGCGGCGAUGACGCUGCGGACGGUGCUGCUGUCGCUGCAGGCCCUGCUCGCCGCGGCCGAACCGGACGACCCGCAGGACGCGGUCGUGGCGACGCAGUACAAGGACAACCACGAGAUGUUCAUACUGACGGCCAAGCACUGGACGAACGCGUACGCCGGCGGGCCGUGCCGCAACGCGGACUUUGACCAGAAGGUGCAACGGUUACGCGACAUGGGCGUGGAGGACUACGAGGCGCGUGCGGCCCUGUCGCGGCACAACUGGCACCUGGAGCGUGCCUCGGAGCAGUUGUUUAGUUAGUUGUUGUAAGAGGGGAGCUUGUGGGUGGUCGCGGUCGUCGUCGUCGUCUUCAUUGUCGAAAAAAAGGUAAAAGGGAGAGGGGUGGAAACGCAGUCAACUCUGGCCCGUUUGCGACAUAAACACUUACUUUUUAUACAUGAAAGAAAAA